CUCUGGCUGCUACCAGGAAUUAGCAACAUUUUAAAUUUGAUUGAUGCUACCCUUUGUUAAAAUCUAGUCUCUCCAAAUGGAUAAGAAGCUGGACAUCUUCAGGAGGGAAUUAGUGGAUGUUCAAGGGAUCCCUCUCUUCUGGAGCAUUGCUGAGCAGUGGUCCCAAGUGGAGUCAUUUGAGGCCCGGCCUGAUGAUCUUUUGAUCUCCACCUAUCCCAAAUCUGGGACAACCUGGAUCAGUGAAAUACUGGAUUUGAUCUACAACAAUGGAGAUGCAGAGAAGUGUAAGCGGGAUGCCAUCUACAAACGGGUGCCGUUCAUGGAGCUUAUAAUUCCAGGACUGUCAAAUGGUAUAGAACUGUUGAAAAACAUGCAGUCUCCUCGACUCGUGAAAACUCAUCUCCCUGUUCAACUUCUGCCUUCCUCAUUUUGGGAAAAUGACUGCAAGAUGGUCUAUGUGGCACGGAAUGCCAAAGAUGUGGCUGUUUCUUACUAUUAUUUCUACCAAAUGGCCAAAAUGCACCCAGAGCCUGGUACCUGGGAGGAGUUCCUUGAUAAAUUCAUGUCUGGACAAGUGGGUUUUGGUUCCUGGUAUGAUCAUGUGAAGGGCUGGUGGGAGAAAAGAAAAGAUUACCGUAUCCUCUAUCUAUUUUAUGAAGAUAUGAAAGAAGAUCCAAAGUAUGAAAUUAAAAAGUUAUUAAAGUUUCUAGAGAAAGACAUACCAGAAGAAAUAGUAAAUAACAUCCUCUACCAUAGCUCUUUUAAUGUAAUGAAGGAGAAUCCUAGUGCAAAUUAUACCACUAUGAACAAAGAGGAGAUGGACCAUUCUGUGUCGCCAUUCAUGAGGAAAGGUAUUUCAGGUGACUGGAAGAAUCAGUUUACUGUAGCCCAGUAUGAGAAAUUUGAAGAAGAUUAUAUCAAGAAAAUGAAAGAGUCAACACUUAAGUUUAGAUCAGAAAUCUAGAGUGUAUAUUCUUCUUAGUCUUCUUUGGCUGACACUGAAAUUAGAGGGGAAAACCAUGGAUUAAUGAACUAAAAGGUUGUACAUUAUUUUUCUGUAUUUACACAGUCUACAAACCAAAGUUACCAAUAUCAAGUAGUAAUUCUCUCCUAAUUCUCUUUUAGAUCAGUUCAUGCAGUGGCUUUCCCCUCACUGUCUAGUAUGAAAAAAAUAAAAUUUUAUGAGGACUUAUA